GAGCUAAGUCACCUCGAGAGUUCUCCGUGCGGCCGCGGACACUUUUGACUUAAGCUCUUAACCAACUUAGAAACACGACACGUUCCUGUGUGCAGUUUAUGUGAAUAUAAACAACGAGUUGACAUCCAAUCGAUACGUGCACAUCCCAGUGUAUGGCAAUAAAUCAAAGUGGGGUUGCAAUCAAGUGUUAAUGAAUGUGCAUCACACGUCGAAAUUUUAUCUAGGCGACAUUCGAGGAAAUUGAUUUCGAUUUGAUUCGGACUUAUUGACGAGCGGCGCACGGCAGCCAAACGACGAACAGGUAACACAAGUCGGCCGGGCAGCGAGGAAGAAGAAGAAGAAGAAGAAAAAGCAGCAGCAGCAGCAGCGGCGAGAGGAGCGAACUUGAGGCUCCUUGAAGCCAAGAGACGAGCACCACCACACCACCAGUGUAUCAAGUGUUCGGCCAUAUUGCUGCAUACCAGUUCGAGCGAGAGCGCGACAUGACCUCAGCGCGCUGAACGCGACCGGACAUCUCCAGAGGCUGGACGAGUUCACCUGGACGCUGCGCACCGAAUGGAAUGUUAGAUCGCGCACACGUGGAGCGCAAUAAUGCAAUAAUGUCCGCAAUUUGGUACCCGCAAGGUGUUCAAGGUGAUACCAAGUCUGGAUGAUACCACCUUUACUCAUCAAACAAUUAGACUCAUCAUGAAGAUGAACAUUUUAUUGUUCUGCAGCACCCUGCUGUUGGUUGGUGCGCAGGGACCUGGGCCUGGGCCUGGACCCGGCCGGAAAAGGUCCACGACGGAAGCCACUUAUUCCAAUCAGAUGCAAUCACGCGCAGUGGAUACCAGAAUCACUCUAGAAGUGCUCGAAGAGCAGCCUAGAGGAACUUCUGUAGGACGCAUCCCAAUUAAACCGGAAUUCACCUACAGAUUUAACGAAGCUCCCAAGGAGUUUACAUUGGAUCCUGAGACUGGGGAAAUUAAAACCAACGUGGUGCUUGAUAGAGAAUCGUUGAAAACUGACAGAUUUGACCUUGUGGUUUUAUCAAGUCAACCAACUUAUCCAAUUGAGGUGCGGAUUAUUGUAGUGGAUAUCAAUGACAAUGCUCCAGAAUUUCCGGAACCUGUGAUUGCUGUUUCUUUUUCGGAGAGUGCAGCAUCCGGAACCAGAUUGUUAUUGGAUGCUGCAACCGAUAAAGACUUGGGGACCAAUGUAGUCUCGGAUGAUUACCGAAUUAUAGCUGGGAAUAAAGACAACAAAUUCAAAUUGGUCGUGACUGCGAAUCCAACAGGAGAGACAUCUUAUCUUCAUUUGGAAACCACAGGAAAAUUAGACCGGGAAAAUCAGGGAUUUUAUAUUUUAAACAUUUCGGCAAAAGAUGGUGGUAUACCAGCAAAGCAUGGAUAUCUACAAGUUAAUGUCACUAUUUUGGAUGUCAAUGAUAAUCCACCUAUUUUUGACCAUAGUGAUUACAUAGUAUCCUUGAAUGAAAGUGUACCACCAGGAACUGCAGUCCUGCAUGUAAUGGCGACUGAUAAUGACUUUGGAGACAACGCUAAAAUCACUUAUUAUCUGGCGGAUACAGAAAGACAAUUUACAGUUGACCCGGAAACUGGAUUCAUCACUACAAUGGAAUUCCUUGAUUGUCCACAACAGAGCUGCUCGCAUACAAAAUCAAAUUCGAAGAAUUGUCCCAAAAGUUGUAUUUUUACUGUGUUUGCACGAGACCAUGGUAUGCCUCGCCAAGAUGGCCGCACUUAUGUGACAGUGAAUCUUGUGGACGCAAACGAUCACGAUCCCGAGAUUAAAUUCAACUACUUUCAGCCGUCGGCGGAGUUUGCCACAGUGGAUGAAAAUACCAACAAUGGUUCAGUGGUGGCUGCUGUAACUGUGGAGGAUAUGGAUGAGGGACCAAAUGGUGAGACUAAAGUGCGUAUUGUGGCUGGUAAUGAACUGAACCACUUUCGACUGGAUUACUCCGCGAGUUUUGAUAUUGUGCGCGUAAACGGAGUACUCGACCGCGAGGAAAUCAGUAAAUAUAAUUUGACAGUUGUGGCCACGGAUAUGGGUACUCCACCGAGGACUGCCACAGCAUUUCUCAUCAUUCAUGUAAACGACGUCAACGAUCACGAGCCAGUAUUUGAAAAGUCUGAAUAUUCAGCAGUAUUAAGUGAAUUGUCUCCUUCGGGGACCUAUGCGGCUGGUAUAACAGCAACCGAUGAAGAUUCUGGUGUUAAUUCACAAAUUUACUACGCGUUUGUUUCUGGCAACGAUAAUGAUUGGUUUGAUAUUAAUUCCGAAUCAGGAUUAAUAACCACGAAAAACUCUUUGGAUCGAGAGGUUCAAGGCAGUGUUGAGUUGAAUAUCUCCGCAAGAGAUGGAGGGCCUAAUCCAAAGUGGGCUUACACACAAUUAAAAGUCACGAUUCUUGAUGAAAAUGAUGAAGCACCUAAAUUUUCACAAAACAAUAUAAACGUCUCCCUGUCUGAAAAUACACCACCUAAGACCUUGGUAGCCAUGUUGACUGCUGCUGAUCAUGAUCAAGGAACAAAUGGAAGUGUCACAUACAGUUUACAUCCUUUGGUGCAACAGAAAUAUCCGGAUACAUUCACUUUGGAUGCUUUAACCGGACAACUCACAACCAAAACUAAGUUAGAUCGUGAAAAGAUUUCUUCUUAUGAUAUCAUAGUAAUCGCAAAGGAUCAAGGUGUACCCCCACAAUCAUCAACGGCAACUGUGCAUCUCCAAGUGUUGGAUGUGAACGAUAAUAACCCGGAGUUCUAUCCGCAAAAGUAUUUCAUCACUGUGCCGGACUCUGUGGCGAGCGGAACAAUUCUAACAAAAGUAACUGCUGUGGAUGCUGAUGAAGGAGAGAACGCAAUGAUCACCUAUCGAUUAGAAAGCGGUGGUGAUGGUCUGUUCAUCGUAGACGAAUGGACCGGUGCUGUGACCAUCAAGGGUAACCUUCGCAAUUCUCAGAAACCCUUCUAUCGGCUCAAAGUAAGCGCUAGGGAUCACAGCGAACAUGCCGCCAAUGAAGAUGCUAUUGUUGAACUGAUGAAAGAAUCUUACGUUGAGGAAAUACAUUUUGACAGUUUCUCGGGAUAUGAGUUUCAAAUCUUAGAGGAUCAUGCUCAGCAUCCGAGUAAGAUUGGUCGUGAAGUUGGCAAGGUUUCUGUGCGUGGUGCCGACAGUGUUAGUUACUAUAUUACAUAUGGUGAUCCAAAACAUAACUUUAAGAUAGAUGAAUACACAGGCAGUAUUACAACGGCUAAUAAAAUUGAUCGUGAACAACAGAUGAUGUAUACUUUAAGUGUUGUGGCACGUGUGGGUUUAUCCUAUGGGAAAACCACUGUGACGAUAUCAAUCUUGGAUUUGAAUGAUCAGAAACCUAUAUUUUUGCGUGAUCGAGAAGAUGUGAAAUUAUUCGAGAAUGCCGCUGUUGGCCAGGAUGUUUAUCUCGCACGUGCAAGAGAUUUGGAUGCUGGGAUCAACAGUAGAAUAACCUAUAACCUCAGCUACAACCCCUUUGAUCAAUUUAAAAUCAACGAGGCUACUGGUGUUAUUUAUCUCAAUAAACCUAUUACUGCUGAACCUGGAACAGUUUUACAUGUUGAUGUUGUCGCUUCGGAUGGAGGUGAUCCUAGAUUAAGCUCCAAACACAUUGUCAACAUCAUCAUAGAAGAUGUUAAUGACCAUACUCCAAUAUUUGACCACACGUCUUAUGAAACAUCUUUAUUGGAUAUUGAUACUAAUACUGGUUUGCUAUAUCUGCACAAAUCUUUGGACUAUGAAGAUUUGAAUGUGUAUCAUUUGAAUAUCACUGCAUCAGAUAAUGGUAAUCCGCGAUUGUCCACCACAAUCACACAGACAAUAUACGUUCUUGAUGCUAAUGAUAAUCCACCAAGUUUUCCGAAUACUGCAAUUGUGAGGCAGAUAGAAGGUAUAAGGGUUCACACCCCAAUAGUGACAGUUACAGCAGAAGAUCCCGAUUCGGGGAUUAAUGGAAAAGUCACCUAUGCGAUAUCAAAACAAGAACCUCAUACUUAUCAAAGACAUUUUGCUAUUAAUCCACAAACUGGAGUCAUCCACACUUUACUACCAAUUGACAGAGAACAGAUUGAUACUUUUAGGUUAACUGUGAUUGCCACUGAUGAAGCUAUUCCAAUAAACAAACGUCUAUCAGCGAAAUUGGUUACGGUGAUUGUGGAAGAUGUGAAUGACAAUGCUCCUGUGUUUGUUUCAAUGAAUUCAGCAGUCCUGCCGAAAAGUGCUAGUUUUGAACGUCAUUACACUGACAGUAACCACAUCAUGAAUAUUUUUGCCAGGGACUUAGAUUCUAGCACCAAUGGACUUGUCUCUUAUGAAUUAACCAGUGGGAAUAGUGAUAUGUUUCACUUGCAUCGCAGUACAGGAGCUUUAACCUUAAAGAAACCAUUGGUGAAUCCCGAAGCUAGGUAUAAGUUAUCCGUAAGGGCCACAGAUGAAGCUGUGCAAUCAGAAAGAAAGUCUACAGAUGCUUAUGUCACUAUUAUCACUGAAGGUGGUAACAAUCGAGGUGGAAAUUCAGCUGGGCCUGUUUUCGCCGAGGAGGGUUUCAGCGGUGCAGUGUGCAAGCAGGCAAUCGGCACAAUUAUUUAUACAGUGCGGGCGAUAGUUACGGCGGGGGUGUCGCGGUUUUGCCAACUAAUAGUGCCGCGAUAG